UUUAAUGAACCGUGAGCUUGAUCCCUUCCUUGUCAUCUCAUCAAGGUCGACCAAUGGCGUUUCUAGGAGGUUCAUUGCGCAUGACGAGGAGCAUCGACAGUCAGAAGAUGAUGGAGAAGAAGAGCCACGGCGGGUCAGGGUCGUGGCGUCAGGCGCCGGCGCCCGUGAGGCAGCUCUUCUGGAGAGUGAGGCGCGCCAUGCUGAGGCCGAAGCGCCGUGCCCUGAGUUUCGGGUACGACCACAAGAGGUACUCCCAGAACUUCGAUGACGGCCUCGUCACUGCCCACUGCCUCUAGCUAGCCACACCCACAGGGUCUUCUACUUCUUCUUCUCAAUUUUACUUGCCGCCUGGCCGGACCAUCACCCGAGGCUGGAGAGUUUGAAGCGUCGUCACCUUGUGAUCUGCUCCUCCUCUAGUUCAGCUACGAGUGUAUAUUAGACAGUACUGUUCAUACAUAAGUUGCUUACUGUUGAAAGUCUGAAAUUGAGAAUGAAAUGACAGCGUAACUAUGUGCUUUUGGCCC